GUAUACAUGUAUCUAUAUAAAAUCAUGAACAUUACUUCAUAAUAAUACUUAUAAGAUCCUAAAUCACUAUACAUUCAUAACUAAAUAGAAACAUUUUACAAUAUACAGUUACAAUAUUGAUAAAUAUUGAAUAAACAUUUCAGGUAAAUAUAAUGUGACAAUGUGUUUUUUCUCAGCACGUUUUCUUUUCCUCUGUCCCAGCUAGAGAUAUUAAUCUAAUGAACUCUAAUUCUAUUAAUAUAUACAGGCACACAAUACAUAGUGACAAUUUCUCAUUAUAAACAUUAUUAUAUAAUACUAUACAUGUAAACAGGUAUCUAUAUAAAAUCAUGAACAUUUAUGUAAUUACUAUACAUUGAUAACUGGAUAAAAACAUUUUACAAUACGGAGUUACAAUUCUUUUUCGAUAAAUCUUGAAUAAACAUUCCAGGUAAAUAUAAAUAUGUCCUGGCUUCCUUCCCCCAGAAGACGUCUUAAUUACGUUAAGACAUCCGUCCGUAGACGUUACAGCAUUCCGUCCGCUGGCCGUGCAUGACCCGCAAACCAUUUUGCUUUCUUUUUGCAGCUUUCCUCGCUUAGUCCUAUCCAUUUAUCUCCGGAUAUUGCAUAUUGUUUAUAUUCUGGGGCGAGCUGGUAAGAGAGAGGAGGGGGAGAGCGAGAGAGAGGGAGGGAAGGAGGGAGAAAGAGAGAAAUGUUAUCGUGUAUUAUAACAUAAUCCUCCCUCACACCGCUGUGUGUUUCACAGUUUGCACGCGGUAUAGAGUCGUGCAAAACCAGUAGCUAGCUAGCUGCUGUCACGUGCGUGCAUACCGAUAUUUGCCGCUACUCGCAGAUUAUUAAGGAGAGUAGGCGCGAUGCGACCGGAACCGCGUCAUAAUGAUGGCAGGUGACUACGUGAAGUACACGCGGGGAGAGGAACACACAUAACUAGAAUUUAUUAACUGUCGUUUGCACUGCGGCGAUUAAACUAAGAGCAGGAGAGCAUCGAUCGGCUCUAAAUAGUUUUCUACUCAAGUUAUCGUGCAUUUCGGGUGGAUACAUGAAUGCAAAGAAGCAGAAGCUGAAUGAACAGUUUGAGUCGAAAGAGUGUGCUAUUGCUGCUGUUAAGGAAGGGAAUGCAUCAGAAAUCUUUAGCGGAAUAACUAUUUACGUUAAUGGAUACACUGAACCAUCUUCUGACGAGUUACGUAGGUUGAUGCAGCUUCAUGGAGGCAGGUUCCAGUACUACUAUAGUGUAGCCCAGGUGACCCACACCAUUGCAUCUAACCUUGCUGACAGUAAAAUCCGGCAAGUAGGUAACAAGAAAAUUGUGAGACCACAAUGGAUCCUAGAUAGCAUUGAGGCAGGCAGAUUACUAUCAUGUACCCCAUACCAGUUGUAUGCAGCACCUUCUGGAUCACAAGGCACAUUAGGCUUUCAGCAGAUGAUAUCAACUGGAGGUGAAACCAAAGAAAAAUGCAUUGCUGAAAAGUUAAGCCGUGAAACCGGGGACGACGAAAAAGGUAGUGAUUCUAAGCCAGCCAAAGUGCAGGACUGUACAGAGCCUGCCACCUCCAACGAUGGCCAAGUUCACGAUGCGGUCGAUUCGGAAGAGUCGUACGACAUUUCACCAUCGCCAAAUAGCAAAGAAGACGAUCAUGCAGAUUGGGGUGGUGAGAGAUCAUCAGAAGAAGAACCUAAUGUCAUCGCAGUUAAACGGCGCACCAUCGAGGUGCAGAACCCUGAUAGCCCGAAAAAGAAGCCGACCGCCAAGGCGGGCGAUGCGAACUUUGUGUCCGAGUACUACACGCAUUCGCGGCUGCACCACAUAUCGACGUGGGGCACAGAGUUCCGCCGAUACGUGACAGAGCUUCGGAGCGCCGGCCGUGGCGAGUUUAGAGGUGCAAAGAAGUUGCAGGAGCUCAAGCUUUGCGGUCGGCUAGCGUCACACGAUGACCCGGGCAAGGUGAUCAUGCACAUCGACAUGGACUGUUUCUUCGUGUCGGUCGGCCUGCUCGACCGGCCAGAGCUGGUAGGGCAACCGGUAGCUGUUACUCACUCAAAGGGUCAUCCGGCGCCAUCCCGUUGUGAAACCGGAGCGAAUCCUGACUACGAGAGGAAGUACUGGGAGCAGAAAUGCACUGGACAGCAGUAUGGCAGCAGGGAGAGAGCUGCUGAGAAUGCAUGCACUAGCAGUAGUGUAGCAGCAGGUGAACAAGAUUUUUACUCAAGAGCUGAGAUUGCAUCAUGCAGCUAUGAGGCAAGAAAGCUCGGUGUGCGUAAUGGCAUGUUCAUGGGAGAGGCUAGGAGACUAUGUCCGAACCUGCAGACUAUUCCCUACAACUUUGAGAGGUACAGCAUGGUGUCCAAAAGUCUCUACAACAUAGUUGCCAGUUUCACACAUGACAUAGAAGCAAUGAGUUGUGAUGAGCUGUUUGUUGACCUUAGCAAGCUGUCGAAAGACGUUGGCAUCAGUCCACUGGACAUAGCUCAGGUGAUGCGUGAUGAGAUUGCGGAGCAGACAGGCUGUAGGGCAUCGGCUGGACUUGGACCCAGCAUCCUCAUUGCCAGACUGGCUACUCGCCUCGCAAAGCCGAAUGGACAACAUUGGGUAAAGCCAGAUGAAGUGCCUGCCUUCAUCCAUGGGCAAGCAUUGAAAGAUCUUCCAGGUGUCGGUUGGAAGUUGGGUUGCCGCCUUAAGGCACUCGGAGCUGAAACCUGUGGUGAGCUGCAGCAGCUUUCUCUUGGCAUGCUGCAGAAGGAGUGUGGACCAAAGUCUGGCAGGAAUCUGUACCAGUUUUGCCGUGGUGAGGAUAGUCGCGAAAUCAGGACGGACAAGGACCGGAAGUCGGUGUCAGCAGAAAUCAACUACGGAAUGAGAUUUACAGCACAAGAAGAAGUGGACAAGUUUCUUGCAGAGUUGGCAGUUGAGGUGUGCAAGAGGCUAAAGGAAGUGCAGUCUAAGGGAAAGUCCAUCACGUUAAAACUCAAGGGAAGAAAAGCAGAUGCUCCAGUUGUGUCUGCUAAAUUUAUGGGCCACGGUGUUUGUGACAACUUUGCAAAGUCGGUUACACUUCCCGUAGCAACAGAUAGCAUUGAUAUUAUCAGGAAGGAGUCCCUUAACUUGUUAAAGACAAUGAAGGUCGUUCCAUCUGAUGUCAGAGGGAUGGGUAUUCAGGUGCAUAGACUGGAGCCAAGUACAAAGGCAGCUUGCCCUGCAAACUCUAUACUGAACUUUAUGAAGAAAGCCAUAGCCAGUACCAGUGCUCAAGUACCAGAAACUUCAUCCAGUGUGUCCAUGCAGCCCACUUCUUCUGAGAGGAACUGUAGUACCACACUACCAGCUUAUCAAAUGUUGUCAGUAUCCCAGGUUGAUUCAUCAGUGCUUGCUGAAUUGCCUGCAGAGAUCAGGGAAGAAGUCGAGAAAGAAAUGCAGCAAGCACAGCGACGGAAGGAUCUACAAGAGAUUGAGUCGUCAGAACUGCUUCAGAAAGUGCCAUCAGCUGGCAUUUCCGUCCAUGCUGAAACACAUGCCAAAUGUGAUCAAAAGCCAACAACAAGAACUGAGGUUACUACUGAACUUCCUAAUCUAUCACAGAUUGAUCAAAGCUUCAUGGAUGCACUUCCUGAAGAUUUGAGAAAGGAAGUAAUGGCAGCUUGCACUGAGAAGGUUGUCCAUUCGUCUGCCAAAAAUGAGACAAGCAAAGUGACUAGAAGGCCAGUACAAGGAAAGAAGUCGAGCCCCCGGAAAACAAAGUCGGGAGCCAGCCCCAAAAAGCACAAGAUGCAGAAAGGUCAAUUGACACUCAGUGCUAUGAUAAACACUAUACAGCAACCUGCACAGGCUGUGAAGAGUGAAGAAAAACACCCGGAGGCUAGCGUGGGAAUUCCAUCUAGUAACAACAAUGAAAGAGGCAGGGUCGAGGAGAAAAAUUCUGCUUUAUUACCAAUUCCAUCCCUGUGCGGUGCUACUGGUCGGGAAGAAGUGCGUUCUUUAAUAAAGGAGUGGACAGAUAGUACAGCAGAACCAGUGAAUGAGGAUAUCGAGAUGUUCAUUACGUACCUGGAAGAACUUGUUGGACAUAUGAAUUUAGAGAUGGCAGAUAAAAUGCUAAAGUAUUUCUACAGAUUGGUUAAGGUGCAGCAAGCGGAUGCAUGGAGGCUGGCUCUGCAUCAAACUGUGGAGAGCGUCCAACAGACGGUGUUGGCUAGGUAUGGCUACCGACUGAAACUGGACUUCCCGUAAGAGCUGCAGAUGUGAUUGAUUGCAAACCUGUGUUAGUAAAAGAUUAAAAUCACAUUGUGCCAAAAUUUGUUUGUUCAUACAGUUAUAUGUGUAUUAUGUUAUAAGUGUAUUAUGUUAUAUAUAAAAAGUGAAUUUUUUGCAUUUUAUACUUUUUAAUCAUGUUUCAUCCUGCAUAACCUUGUAUCUCAACUAUGUUUAAUUCUGUAAUGAUGUCAUUGGAGUCAUCAAACAUGACAUAUUUCCGUUUGCGAUAGGCGAGUAUAAUUGUUUAAUGACGUUAUUUAUUCUGGUGUAUGCUUUCCAUUAUGAACUCAAACAAUUUACGCGUUUCAGUGUACCGUUGUACUACAUCAUGUUAUGUCUACAAGUGGUUCAAUGGGGUAUUGUUUACCAAUCAUUACACUUAGUGACUAUAGUGGUAUAUAUACUGUGGUUUCAGGCUUUGAUAAGCAUGACACGUAGCGUUCGAGAUUUGGUAAGAUUUCACUAAGAUUUCUUUUUCUACAUACCAUAAUUAUAAUUUCAUAACUACAUUCAAAAGGCGGCUUCAUAAUUAUUUCUCUAUUGUUUCAUUAGUCCAUAAUGAGUAAUUACUCAGGAGAGGCUGUAUUUAUCUUACGACUCCAUAUAUAGUACAUUUCUGUUUACGUAGUUGUCAAUGAUUUGAUAUGACCGCUAAUGGAAUAGGCCAGUGGCGUAGACAGGUCCUCAGUUGUGGGGGGGAUGAUUUCGCUGUUACUUCCAUCGCAAUGUAUAUGAAGAGUGUGCGCGAUGAGCGCACACCGCAAGCUCCUUGGCGCAAAACCCUUAAUGGGUGGGGUCUAGGUGCCCGCCCUAGGGCCCCUGGGAGGGUGCAGGGGCAGAGCCCUUGCCCGGGGUCCAGGGGGCGGAGCCCCCGGAAGUUCUUGGAUUUUAG